UGCUGCUUUCUCAAACAAGAAGCCUUUCAAAUUUGUCCGCAGCACGUCUUGAUUUAUCAUGAUACCGCUCGCACCCGUGGGCAUCACAGCCCUCAUUUUCGGAGGCUGCUGUUCUAACGUUUAUGCCCUUGAAGCCAUUGUCAAGCGGGAACCUGGCAGCGGUCUUCUCAUUACGCUGUUUCAGUUUGUUCUAACAGCUCUUGCUGCAUUUCCUUCGCAGUAUGACCCGAGUCAGCCGUACUAUCUCAAGAAAAGCCCCGUCCCAUUCAGGAAGUGGGCUCUCAGUGCCGCUAUGUUCUUCGCCGUCAACAUGCUGAACAAUUGGGCCUUUGCUUUCAAUAUCUCUGUGCCUGUUCACAUUAUCCUGCGCAGCUUCGGCAGCGUUACUACAAUGGCUGCAGGCUGGCUGUGCGGCAGGAAAUACUCUCCACUACAAACCUUCUCUGUGGCUCUCCUUACGGCUGGAGUUAUCGUAUCAGCCUGGGCUGAUGCUGCUUCCAAGGGCAAAUCUAUGAGCACUGCCAGUAUCAACUUCACAGACGCGUCUUUUGAAGCUGGACUUGUCAUCCUUCUUGUAGCACAGCUGCUGUCUGCGUAUAUGGGCGUAUAUGCGCAAGGAAUUUACGACGAGUACGGCAAACGCUGGGAUGAGAACCUCUUUUAUUCUCAUUUCCUCAGCAUUCCGAUGUUCCUUCCCCUCCAAGGCACGCUGAACUCUCAGUACUCGCGUCUAGCAUCAUCGCCACCGCUCUCUCUGAACGCAUCAGUGGCUUCUUCCUUGCCAAAUGCUGUUGAGCGGAUGCUUCAUUCAACUCCGCAGUCUGUUUUCAUGCUCCUUUUGAACGCUGCCACGCAAUUACUUUGUAUCAGUGGUGUCAACUUGCUUAGUGCGAACACAUCGGCCGUCACGGUGACCAUUGUGCUGAAUAUUCGUAAGCUUGUCAGCUUCCUGAUAAGUAUAUGGCUAUUCGGCAACAAAAUGGGUGGUCAGAUGAUGUUCGGAGCUGCUCUUGUCUUCGGGGCGGGAGCGCUUUAUGGAUGGGAGACGACCUCGUCUCUCGUGUGGCCCAGCAUGAGCUCACCCGCACCCUCCGUGAGACAUCGCGGAGGAGCAAAGAACAAGCGUCCUACCACCCCGAACCCGGACGAUCCAGUGGACAGUGUCGACCAGGUUAUUUCUAAGGCGCAAGUUCAAGCGACAGCAACGGUUGGCAAAGAAUGGGAUUACAAACUCGCACUUGCGGUCAUCACAGUGCUGGCUUUUGCUACGCGCUUCUGGGGCAUCAGCCAUCCUGACCAGGUGGUCUUCGACGAGGUGCACUUUGGAAAGUUCGCGUCCUACUACCUUCAGCGCACAUAUUUCUUCGAUGUCCACCCUCCUUUCGGAAAGCUUCUCUUCGCUCUGGCCGGCUGGCUCGUUGGAUACGAUGGCUCUUUCCUGUUCGAGAACAUUGGAGACUCCUACAUCACCAACAAAGUUCCGUACGUGGCUUACCGCGCCAUGCCCGCUACCAUGGGCGCACUUACGGUCCCAACCGUCUUCCUGAUCAUGUGGGAGUCCGGAUACAACCUUCCCGCCUGUAUUACAGCCGCUGGUUUGAUCUUGUUCGACAACGCGCACAUUGGUCAAACCCGCUUGAUUCUGCUGGACGCAACUUUGGUCUUCUCUAUGGCCCUUAGUGUCCUCUCCUACGUCCGCUUCUAUAAGCUGCGUCACGAUCCUUUUGGCCGCAAGUGGUGGAAGUGGCUGCUUCUGACCGGCGUCUGUCUGAGCUGUGUCAUCUCUACGAAAUAUGUCGGUCUCUUCACGUUCUUUUCAAUCGGUGUCCCGGUGGCAUUCGACCUCUGGGAUUUGCUGAACGUCAACCGAAGGCAAGGCUCUCUCUCUCUGCCGGACUUUGGCAAGCACUUCGCUGCUCGCAUGACAGGACUGAUCAUCAUUCCCUUCUUUUUGUAUCUCUUUUGGUUCCAAGUCCACUUCACCAUUCUCUCAAGGUCCGGUCCUGGCGAUGAUUUCAUGAGCCCUGAGUUCCAAGAGACGCUCAGUGACAACAUCAUGACUAUGCAAUCUGUCGGUAUCGACUACUUUGACGCUAUUACCAUGCGUCACAAGGAGACCAAAGUCUACCUCCACAGUCACCCGGACAGGUACCCCCUCCGUUACGAGGAUGGCCGUAUCUCUUCCCAGGGCCAGCAGGUCACUGGUUACCCUCACAAUGAUACCAACAACCAAUGGCAGAUCCUUCCCGCCGCUGCUCCUACUGACCAGCCUCGCCGUGUCAAGAACGGUGAUCUGGUCAGGUUCCGUCAUUUGGUUACUAACACGAUGCUUCUGACCCACGAUGUCGCAUCUCCUUACUACCCCACGAACCAAGAAUUCACCACCGUCGACAUUGAGGUUGCCGAAGGUGAGCGUUACAACGACACUCUAUUCGAAAUUAGAGUCGAGAACGGCAAGGCUGGCCAAGACUUCAAGACCAUGGGUUCUCACUUCAAACUGGUCCACUUCCCCACCAAGGUUGCUAUGUGGACGCACACUACUCCGCUGCCAGACUGGGCUUACAAGCAAGCCGAGAUUAACGGCAACAAGAACAUCCAGCAGUCGAGCAACAUCUGGUAUGUUGAGGAACUUCCUUCAGUCCCGGAAGACGACGUUCGUCGCCAGCAGGAGCCUCGGAAGACCAAACGCAUGCCUUUCUUGAGGAAAUACCUUGAGCUGCAGAGGGCCAUGUUCUUUCACAACAACGCUUUGACCAGCAGCCAUCCCUACGCUUCAUUCCCUAUUUCUUGGCCUUUCUUGCUUCGUGGUGUCAGUUUCUGGACAGAGAACGAAACGAGACAGCAGAUUUACUUCCUCGGCAACCCGCUUGGGUGGUGGCUUGCUAGCAGCUUGCUCGCUGUUUUUGCCGGUAUUAUUGGAGCUGAUCAAUUAGCCAUGCGCCGUGGCAUAGACGCUUUGGACAAACGUACCCGCUCCCGCCUUUACAACUCCACGGGCUUUUUCUUCCUGACUUGGGCUGCCCACUACGUUCCUUUCUUCAUCAUGGGUCGCCAACUCUUCCUCCACCAUUAUCUGCCCGCUCACCUUGCCUCCUGUUUGGUUACCGGAGCCCUGGUUGAGUUUAUCUUCAACAUCGAGCCGCAUUCCGAUGAUGACGAUGCGCAAAAGAAGAAGGGUUCCAUGUCCCGCAGUCGUCCUGUCAGGGAGCGCAUCGGUGGCCAGACCCUGUUCGCUUCUUGGGCCGCCACUGGCGUCAUUCUCGCCAUUGUUGUCUGGAGCUUCCUCUACUUUGCUCCUCUUACUUAUGGCAAGCCAGGUUUGGACAUUGAUCAGGUUGUUGCUAGGAAGUGGCUCAACUACGACCUUCACUUCGCCAAAUAGAGUACUGUCAGGGUGAGAGAACUCGACAAUCUCCGUUAUCAUCAAAGCGGAUUAUUGAUCGUAUGACGUUUGUCGUGGGGGAUAUUGCUGUUGAACGGACACCUAGGUAUGGUUCUGUUAUCAGCAAUGGGAAGGCUCAGCAUGAAGAUGCUGCUUUUGUAUAACUUUCAAACCCAAAAAAAAGUCGCUAAGAUCUGUCUACCCAACACAACUGUGAUAAUUAUCGAUGAGUUCUUUUGUUGCGAGUUGUUGCUAGCAUCAGAACCAGAUGAUUUUUUCCUUGAAUGCAAAGAUGUCGAGUUGACUGACUUUUGUUUCAGUGCUUCGCAAUAUUUUCGUGGCAAACAAAUGCAGGCUUAUGUAGUAACGGUUGAUUGCUUUCUGACAACAGAAGGAUG